AUGGUAGUAGAUGGGGAGCCAGAGGUGGGCCGGACUGUGGUUGCAGGUGGAGCAGUUGUUGGUGCGGGGCUGCUGCUGCCCUCACUUGUUGGCCCAGCUGUUGUUGGCCCACUGGUUGCAGGUGGAGCAGUUGUUGGUGCAGGGCUGCUGCUGCCCUCACUUGUUGGCCCAGCUGUUGUUGGCCCACUGGUUGCAGGUGGAGCAGUUGUUGGUGCGGGGCUGCUGCUGCCCUCACUUGUUGGCCCAGCUGUUGUUGGCCCACUGGUUGCAGGUGGAGCAGUUGUUGGUGCGGGGCUGCUGCUGCCCUCACUUGUUGGCCCAGCUGUUGUUGGCCCACUGGUUGCAGGUGGAGCAGUUGUUGGUGCGGGGCUGCUGCUGCCCUCACUUGUUGGCCCAGCUGUUGUUGGCCCACUGGUUGCAGGUGGAGCAGUUGUUGGUGCGGGGCUGCUGCUGCCCUCACUUGUUGGCCCAGCUGUUGUUGGCCCACUGGUUGCAGGUGGAGCAGUUGUUGGUGCGGGGCUGCUGCUGCCCUCACUUGUUGGCCCAGCUGUAGUUGGCCCACUGGUUGCAGGUGGAGCAGUUGUUGGUGCGGGGCUGCUGCUGCCCUCACUUGUUGGCCCAGCUGUUGUUGGCCCACUGGUUGCAGGUGGAGCAGUUGUUGGUGAGAUUAUGCCCUCACUUGUUGGCCCAGCUGUUGUUGGCCCAGUGGUUGCAGGGGGAGCAGUUGUUGGUGCGGGGCUGCUGCUGCCCUCACUUGUUGGCUCAGCUGUUGUUGGCCCACUGGUUGCAGGUGGAGCAGUUGUUGGUGCGGGGCUGCUGCUGCCCUCACUUGUUGGCCCAGCUGUUGUUGGCCCACUGGUUGCAGGUGGAGCAGUUGUUGGUGCGGGGCUGCUGCUGCCCUCACUUGUUGGCCCAGCUGUUGUUGGCCCACUGGUUGCAGGUGGAGCAGUUGUUGGUGAGAUUAUGCCCUCACUUGUUGGCCCAGCUGUUGUUGGCCCACUGGUUGCAGGUGGAGCAGUUGUUGGUGCGGGGCUGCUGCUGCCUUCACUUGUUGGCCCAGCUGUUGUUGGCCCACUGGUUGCAGGUGGAGUAGUUGUUGGUGCGGGGCUGCUGCUGCCCUCACUUGUUGGCCCAGCUGUUGUUGGCCCACUGGUUGCAGGUGGAGCAGUUGUUGGUGCGGGGCUGCUGCUGCCUUCACUUGUUGGCCCAGCUGUUGUUGGCCCACUGGUUGCAGGUGGAGUAGUUGUUGGUGCGGGGCUGCUGCUGCCCUCACUUGUUGGCCCAGCUGUUGUUGGCCCACUGGUUGCAGGUGGAGCAGUUGUUGGUGAGAUUAUGCCCUCACUUGUUGGCCCAGCUGUUGUUGGCCCACUGGUUGCAGGUGGAGAAGUUGUUGGUGCGGGGCUGCUGCUGCCCUCACUUGUUGGCCCAGCUGUUGUUGGCCCACUGGUUGCAGGUGGAGCAGUUGUUGGUGAGAUUAUGCCCUCACUUGUUGGCCCAGCUGUUGUUGGCCCACUAGUUGCAGGUGGAGCAGUUGUUGGUGCGGGGCUGCUGCUGCCCUCACUUGUUGGCCCAGCUGUUGUUGGCCCACUGGUUGCAGGUGGAGCAGUUGUUGGUGAGAUUAUGCCCUCACUUGUUGGCCCAGCUGUUGUUGGCCCACUGGUUGCAGGUGGAGCAGUUGUUGGUGCGGGGCUGCUGCUGCCUUCACUUGUUGGCCCAGCUGUUGUUGGCCCACUGGUUGCAGGUGGAGCAGUUGUUGGUGAGAUUAUGCCCUCACUUGUUGGCCCAGCUGUUGUUGGCCCACUGGUUGCAGGUGGAGCAGUUGUUGGUGCGGGGCUGCUGCUGCCCUCACUUGUUGGCCCAGCUGUUGUUGGCCCACUGGUUGCAGGUGGAGCAGUUGUUGGUGCGGGGCUGCUGCUGCCCUCACUUGUUGGCCCAGCUGUUGUUAGCCCACUGGUUGCAGGUGGAGCAGUUGUUGGUGCGGGGCUGCUGCUGCCCUCACUUGUUGGCCCAGCUGUUGUUGGCCCACUGGUUGCAGGUGGAGCAGUUGUUGGUGAGAUUAUGCCCUCACUUGUUGGCCCGGCUGUUGUUGGCCCACUGGUUGCAGGUGGAGCAGUUGUUGGUGCGGGGCUGCUGCUGCCCUCACUUGUUGGCCCAGCUGUUGUUGGCCCACUGGUUGCAGGUGGAGCAGUUGUUGGUGAGAUUAUGCCCUCACUUGUUGGCCCAGCUGUUGUUGGCCCACUGGUUGCAGGUGGAACAGUUGUUGGUGCGGGGCUGCUGCUGCCCUCACUUGUUGGCCCAGCUGUUGUUGGCCCACUGGUUGCAGGUGGAGCAGUUGUUGGUGCGGGGCUGCUGCUGCCCUCACUUGUUGGCCCAGCUGUUGUUGGCCCACUGGUUGCAGGUGGAGCAGUUGUUGGUGCGGGGCUGCUGCUGCCCUCACUUGUUGGCCCAGCUGUUGUUGGCCCACUGGUUGCAGGUGGAGCAGUUGUUGGUGCGGGGCUGCUGCUGCCCUCACUUGUUGGCCCAGCUGUUGUUGGCCCACUGGUUGCAGGUGGAGCAGUUGUUGGUGCAGGGCUGCUGCUGCCCUCACUUGUUGGCCCAGCUGUUGUUGGCCCACUGGUUGCAGGUGGAGCAGUUGUUGGUGAGAUUAUGCCCUCACUUGUUGGCCCAGCUGUUGUUGGCCCACUGGUUGCAGGUGGAGCAGUUGUUGGUGCGGGGCUGCUGCUGCCCUCACUUGUUGGCCCAGCUGUUGUUGGCCCACUGGUUGCAGGUGGAGCAGUUGUUGGUGCGGGGCUGCUGCUGCCCUCACUUGUUGGCCCAGCUGUUGUUGGCCCACUGGUUGCAGGUGGAGCAGUUGUUGGUGCGGGGCUGCUGCUGCCCUCACUUGUUGGCCCAGCUGUUGUUGGCCCACUGGUUGCAGGUGGAGCAGUUGUUGGUGAGAUUAUGCCCUCACUUGUUGGCCCAGCUGUUGUUGGCCCACUGGUUGCAGGUGGAGCAGUUGUUGGUGCGGGGCUGCUGCUGCCCUCACUUGUUGGCCCAGCUGUUGUUGGCCCACUGGUUGCAGGUGGAGCAGUUGUUGGUGCGGGGCUGCUGCUGCCCUCACUUGUUGGCCCAGCUGUUGUUGGCCCACUGGUUGCAGGUGGAGCAGUUGUUGGUGCGGGGCUGCUGCUGCCCUCACUUGUUGGCCCAGCUGUUGUUGGCCCACUGGUUGCAGGUGGAGCAGUUGUUGGUGCGGGGCUGCUGCUGCCCUCACUUGUUGGCCCAGCUGUUGUUGGCCCACUGGUUGCAGGUGGAGCAGUUGUUGGUGCGGGGCUGCUGCUGCCCUCACUUGUUGGCCCAGCUGUUGUUGGCCCACUGGUUGCAGGUGGAGCAGUUGUUGGUGCGGGGCUGCUGCUGCCCUCACUUGUUGGCCCAGCUGUUGUUGGCCCACUGGUUGCAGGUGGAGCAGUUGUUAGUGAGAUUAUGCCCUCACUUGUUGGCCCAGCUGUUGUUGGCCCACUGGUUGCAGGGGGAGCAGUUGUUGGUGCGGGGCUGCUGCUGCCCUCACUUGUUGGCCCAGCUGUUGUUGGCCCACUGGUUGCAGGUGGAGCAGUUGUUGGUGCGGGGCUGCUGCUUCCCUCACUUGUUGGCCCAGCUGUUGUUGGCCCACUGGUUGCAGGUGGAGCAGUUGUUGGUGCGGGGCUGCUGCUGCCCUCACUUGUUGGCCCAGCUGUUGUUGGCCCACUGGUUGCAGGUGGAGCAGUUGUCGGUGAGAUUAUGCCCUCACUUGUUGGCCCAGCUGUUGUUGGCCCACUGGUUGCAGGUGGAGCAGUUGUUGGUGCGGGGCUGCUGCUGCCCUCACUUGUUGGCCCAGCUGUUGUUGGCCCACUGGUUGCAGGUGGAGCAGUUGUUGGUGCGGGGCUGCUGCUGCCCUCACUUGUUGGCCCAGCUGUUGUUGGCCCACUGGUUGCAGGUGGAGCAGUUGUUGGUGAGAUUAUGCCCUCACUUGUUGGCCCAGCUGUUGUUGGCCCACUGGUUGCAGGUGGAGCAGUUGUUGGUGCGGGGCUGCUGCUGCCCUCACUUGUUGGCCCAGCUGUUGUUGGCCCACUGGUUGCAGGUGGAGCAGUUGUUGGUGCAGGGCUGCUGCUGCCCUCACUUGUUGGCCCAGCUGUUGUUGGCCCACUGGUUGCAGGUGGAGCAGUUGUUGGUGAGAUUAUGCCCUCACUUGUUGGCCCAGCUGUUGUUGGCCCACUGGUUGCAGGUGGAGCAGUUGUUGGUGCGGGGCUGCUGCUGCCCUCACUUGUUGGCCCAGCUGUUGUUGGCCCACUGGUUGCAGGUGGAGCAGUUGUUGGUGCGGGGCUGCUGCUGCCCUCACUUGUUGGCCCAGCUGUUGUUGGCCCACUGGUUGCAGGUGGAGCAGUUGUUGGUGCGGGGCUGCUGCUGCCCUCACUUGUUGGCCCAGCUGUUGUUGGCCCACUGGUUGCAGGUGGAGCAGUUGUUGGUGCGGGGCUGCUGCUGCCCUCACUUGUUGGCCCAGCUGUUGUUGGCCCACUGGUUGCAGGUGGAGCAGUUGUUGGUGAGAUUAUGCCCUCACUUGUUGGCCCAGCUGUUGUUGGCCCACUGGUUGCAGGUGGAGCAGUUGUUGGUGCGGGGCUGCUGCUGCCCUCACUUGUUGGCCCAGCUGUUGUUGGCCCACUGGUUGCAGGUGGAGCAGUUGUUGGUGCGGGGCUGCUGCUGCCCUCACUUGUUGGCCCAGCUGUUGUUGGCCCACUGGUUGCAGGUGGAGCAGUUGUUGGUGCGGGGCUGCUGCUGCCCUCACUUGUUGGCCCAGCUGUUGUUGGCCCACUGGUUGCAGGUGGAGCAGUUGUUGGUGCGGGGCUGCUGCUGCCCUCACUUGUUGGCCCAGCUGUUGUUGGCCCACUGGUUGCAGGUGGAGCAGUUGUUGGUGUGGGGCUGCUGCUGCCCUCACUUGUUGGCCCAGCUGUUGUUGGCCCACUGGUUGCAGGUGGAGCAGUUGUUGGUGCGGGGCUGCUGCUGCCCUCACUUGUUGGCCCAGCUGUUGUUGGCCCACUGGUUGCAGGUGGAGCAGUUGUUGGUGAGAUUAUGCCCUCACUUGUUGGCCCAGCUGUUGUUGGCCCAGUGGUUGCAGGGGGAGCAGUUGUUGGUGCGGGGCUGCUGCUGCCCUCACUUGUUGGCUCAGCUGUUGUUGGCCCACUGGUUGCAGGUGGAGCAGUUGUUGGUGCGGGGCUGCUGCUGCCCUCACUUGUUGGCCCAGCUGUUGUUGGCCCACUGGUUGCAGGUGGAGCAGUUGUUGGUGCGGGGCUGCUGCUGCCCUCACUUGUUGGCCCAGCUGUUGUUGGCCCACUGGUUGCAGGUGGAGCAGUUGUUGGUGAGAUUAUGCCCUCACUUGUUGGCCCAGCUGUUGUUGGCCCACUGGUUGCAGGUGGAGCAGUUGUUGGUGCGGGGCUGCUGCUGCCUUCACUUGUUGGCCCAGCUGUUGUUGGCCCACUGGUUGCAGGUGGAGUAGUUGUUGGUGCGGGGCUGCUGCUGCCCUCACUUGUUGGCCCAGCUGUUGUUGGCCCACUGGUUGCAGGUGGAGCAGUUGUUGGUGCGGGGCUGCUGCUGCCUUCACUUGUUGGCCCAGCUGUUGUUGGCCCACUGGUUGCAGGUGGAGUAGUUGUUGGUGCGGGGCUGCUGCUGCCCUCACUUGUUGGCCCAGCUGUUGUUGGCCCACUGGUUGCAGGUGGAGCAGUUGUUGGUGAGAUUAUGCCCUCACUUGUUGGCCCAGCUGUUGUUGGCCCACUGGUUGCAGGUGGAGAAGUUGUUGGUGCGGGGCUGCUGCUGCCCUCACUUGUUGGCCCAGCUGUUGUUGGCCCACUGGUUGCAGGUGGAGCAGUUGUUGGUGAGAUUAUGCCCUCACUUGUUGGCCCAGCUGUUGUUGGCCCACUAGUUGCAGGUGGAGCAGUUGUUGGUGCGGGGCUGCUGCUGCCCUCACUUGUUGGCCCAGCUGUUGUUGGCCCACUGGUUGCAGGUGGAGCAGUUGUUGGUGAGAUUAUGCCCUCACUUGUUGGCCCAGCUGUUGUUGGCCCACUGGUUGCAGGUGGAGCAGUUGUUGGUGCGGGGCUGCUGCUGCCCUCACUUGUUGGCCCAGCUGUUGUUGGCCCACUGGUUGCAGGUGGAGCAGUUGUUGGUGCGGGGCUGCUGCUGCCCUCACUUGUUGGCCCAGCUGUUGUUGGCCCACUGGUUGCAGGUGGAGCAGUUGUUGGUGAGAUUAUGCCCUCACUUGUUGGCCCAGCUGUUGUUGGCCCACUGGUUGCAGGUGGAGCAGUUGUUGGUGCGGGGCUGCUGCUGCCCUCACUUGUUGGCCCAGCUGUUGUUGGCCCACUGGUUGCAGGUGGAGCAGUUGUUGGUGCAGGGCUGCUGCUGCCCUCACUUGUUGGCCCAGCUGUUGUUGGCCCACUGGUUGCAGGUGGAGCAGUUGUUGGUGAGAUUAUGCCCUCACUUGUUGGCCCAGCUGUUGUUGGCCCACUGGUUGCAGGUGGAGCAGUUGUUGGUGCGGGGCUGCUGCUGCCCUCACUUGUUGGCCCAGCUGUUGUUGGCCCACUGGUUGCAGGUGGAGCAGUUGUUGGUGCGGGGCUGCUGCUGCCCUCACUUGUUGGCCCAGCUGUUGUUGGCCCACUGGUUGCAGGUGGAGCAGUUGUUGGUGCGGGGCUGCUGCUGCCCUCACUUGUUGGCCCAGCUGUUGUUGGCCCACUGGUUGCAGGUGGAGCAGUUGUUGGUGCGGGGCUGCUGCUGCCCUCACUUGUUGGCCCAGCUGUUGUUGGCCCACUGGUUGCAGGUGGAGCAGUUGUUGGUGAGAUUAUGCCCUCACUUGUUGGCCCAGCUGUUGUUGGCCCACUGGUUGCAGGUGGAGCAGUUGUUGGUGCGGGGCUGCUGCUGCCCUCACUUGUUGGCCCAGCUGUUGUUGGCCCACUGGUUGCAGGUGGAGCAGUUGUUGGUGCGGGGCUGCUGCUGCCCUCACUUGUUGGCCCAGCUGUUGUUGGCCCACUGGUUGCAGGUGGAGCAGUUGUUGGUGCGGGGCUGCUGCUGCCCUCACUUGUUGGCCCAGCUGUUGUUGGCCCACUGGUUGCAGGUGGAGCAGUUGUUGGUGCGGGGCUGCUGCUGCCCUCACUUGUUGGCCCAGCUGUUGUUGGCCCACUGGUUGCAGGUGGAGCAGUUGUUGGUGGGGGCUGCUGCUGCCCUCACUUGUUGGCCCAGCUGUUGUUGGCCCACUGGUUGCAGGUGGAGCAGUUGUUGGUGCGGGGCUGCUGCUGCCCUCACUUGUUGGCCCAGCUGUUGUUGGCCCACUGGUUGCAGGUGGAGCAGUUGUUGGUGCGGGGCUGCUGCUGCCCUCACUUGUUGGCCCAGCUGUUGUUGGCCCACUGGUUGCAGGUGGAGCAGUUGUUGGUGCGGGGCUGCUGCUGCCCUCACUUGUUGGCCCAGCUGUUGUUGGCCCACUGGUUGCAGGUGGAGCAGUUGUUGGUGCGGGGCUGCUGCUGCCCUCACUUGUUGGCCCAGCUGUUGUUGGCCCACUGGUUGCAGGUGGAGCAGUUGUUGGUGAGAUUAUGCCCUCACUUGUUGGCCCAGCUGUUGUUGGCCCACUGGUUGCAGGUGGAGCAGUUGUUGGUGCGGGGCUGCUGCUGCCCUCACUUGUUGGCCCAGCUGUUGUUGGCCCACUGGUUGCAGGUGGAGCAGUUGUUGGUGAGAUUAUGCCCUCACUUGUUGGCCCAGCUGUUGUUGGCCCACUGGUUGCAGGUGGAGCAGUUGUUGGUGCGGGGCUGCUGCUGCCCUCACUUGUUGGCCCAGCUGUUGUUGGCCCACUGGUUGCAGGUGGAGCAGUUGUUGGUGCAGGGGUGCUGCUGCCUUCACUUGUUGGCCCAGCUGUUGUUGGCCCACUGGUUGCAGGUGGAGCAGUUGUUGGUGCGGGGCUGCUGCUGCCCUCACUUGUUGGCCCAGCUGUUGUUGGCCCACUGGUUGCAGGUGGAGCAGUUGUUGGUGAGAUUGCUGCCCUCACUUGUUGGCCCAGCUGUUGUUGGCCCACUGGUUGCAGGUGGAGCAGUUGUUGGUGCGGGGCUGCUGCUGCCUUCACUUGUUGGCCCAGCUGUUGUUGGCCCACUGGUUGCAGGUGGAGCAGUUGUUGGUGAGAUUAUGCCCUCACUUGUUGGCCCAGCUGUUGUUGGCCCACUGGUUGCAGGUGGAGCAGUUGUUGGUGCGGGGCUGCUGCUGCCCUCACUUGUUGGCCUAGCUGUUGUUGGCCCACUGGUUGCAGGUGGAGCAGUUGUUGGUGCGGGGCUGCUGCUGCCCUCACUUGUUGGCCCAGCUGUUGUUGGCCCACUAGUUGCAGGUGGAGCAGUUGUUGGUGCGGGGCUGCUGCUGCCCUCACUUGUUGGCCCAGUUGUUGUUGGCCCACUGGUUGCAGGUGGAGCAGUUGUUGGUGAGAUUAUGCCCUCACUUGUUGGCCCGGCUGUUGUUGGCCCACUGGUUGCAGGUGGAGCAGUUGUUGGUGCGGGGCUGCUGCUGCCCUCACUUGUUGGCCCAGCUGUUGUUGGCCCACUGGUUGCAGGUGGAGCAGUUGUUGGUGAGAUUAUGCCCUCACUUGUUGGCCCAGCUGUUGUUGGCCCACUGGUUGCAGGUGGAACAGUUGUUGGUGCGGGGCUGCUGCUGCCCUCACUUGUUGGCCCAGCUGUUGUUGGCCCACUGGUUGCAGGUGGAGCAGUUGUUGGUGAGAUUAUGCCCUCACUUGUUGGCCCAGCUGUUGUUGGCCCACUGGUUGCAGGUGGAGCAGUUGUUGGUGCGGGGCUGCUGCUGCCCUCACUUGUUGGCCCAGCUGUUGUUGGCCCACUGGUUGCAGGUGGAGCAGUUGUUGGUGCGGGGCUGCUGCUGCCCUCACUUGUUGGCCCAGCUGUUGUUGGCCCACUGGUUGCAGGUGGAGCAGUUGUUGGUGCGGGGCUGCUGCUGCCCUCACUUGUUGGCCCAGCUGUUGUUGGCCCACUGGUUGCAGGUGGAGCAGUUGUUGGUGCGGGGCUGCUGCUGCCCUCACUUGUUGGCCCAGCUGUUGUUGGCCCACUGGUUGCAGGUGGAGCAGUUGUUGGUGCGGAGCUUGCUGCCCUCACUUGUUGGCCCAGCUGUUGUUGGCCCACUGGUUGCAGGUGGAGCAGUUGUUGGUGCGGGGCUGCUGCUUCCCUCACUUGUUGGCCCAGCUGUUGUUGGCCCACUGGUUGCAGGUGGAGCAGUUGUUGGGGAGAUUAUGCCCUCACUUGUUGGCCCAGCUGUUGUUGGCCCACUGGUUGCAGGUGGAGCAGUUGUUGGUGCGGGGCUGCUGCUGCCCUCACUUGUUGGCCCAGCUGUUGUUGGCCCACUGGUUGCAGGUGGAGCAGUUGUUGGUGCGGGGCUGCUGCUGCCCUCACUUGUUGGCCCAGCUGUUGUUGGCCCACUGGUUGCAGGUGGAGCAGUUGUUGGUGCGGGGCUGCUGCUGCCCUCACUUGUUGGCCCAGCUGUUGUUGGCCCACUGGUUGCAGGUGGAGCAGUUGUUGGUGAGAUUAUGCCCUCACUUGUUGGCCCAGCUGUUGUUGGCCCACUGGUUGCAGGUGGAGCAGUUGUUGGUGCGGGGCUGCUGCUGCCCUCACUUGUUGGCCCAGCUGUUGUUGGCCCACUGGUUGCAGGUGGAGCAGUUGUUGGUGCGGGGCUGCUGCUGCCCUCACUUGUUGGCCCAGCUGUUGUUGGCCCACUGGUUGCAGGUGGAGCAGUUGUUGGUGCGGGGCUGCUGCUGCCCUCACUUGUUGGCCCAGCUGUUGUUGGCCCACUGGUUGCAGGUGGAGCAGUUGUUGGUGAGAUUAUGCCCUCACUUGUUGGCCCAGCUGUUGUUGGCCCACUGGUUGCAGGUGGAGCAGUUGUUGGUGCGGGGCUGCUGCUGCCCUCACUUGUUGGCCCAGCUGUUGUUGGCCCACUGGUUGCAGGUGGAGCAGUUGUUGGUGCGGGGCUGCUGCUGCCCUCACUUGUUGGCCCAGCUGUUGUUGGCCCACUGGUUGCAGGUGGAGCAGUUGUUGGUGCGGGGCUGCUGCUGCUGCCCUCACUUGUUGGCCCAGCUGUUGUUGGCCCACUGGUUGCAGGUGGAGCAGUUGUUGGUGCAAGGCUGCUGCUUCCCCUCACUUGUUGGCCCAGCUGUUGUUGGCCCACUGGUUGCAGGUGGAGCAGUUGUUGGUGAGAUUAUGCCCUCACUUGUUGGCCCAGCUGUUGUUGGCCCACUGGUUGCAGGUGGAGCAGUUGUUGGUGCGGGGCUGCUGCUGCCCUCACUUGUUGGCCCAGCUGUUGUUGGCCCACUGGUUGCAGGUGGAGCAGUUGUUGGUGCGGGGCUGCUGCUGCCCUCACUUGUUGGCCCAGCUGUUGUUGGCCCACUGGUUGCAGGUGGAGCAGUUGUUGGUGCGGGGCUGCUGCUGCCCUCACUUGUUGGCCCAGCUGUUGUUGGCCCACUGGUUGCAGGUGGAGCAGUUGUUGGUGAGAUUAUGCCCUCACUUGUUGGCCCAGCUGUUGUUGGCCCACUGGUUGCAGGUGGAGCAGUUGUUGGUGCGGGGCUGCUGCUGCCCUCACUUGUUGGCCCAGCUGUUGUUGGCCCACUGGUUGCAGGUGGAGCAGUUGUUGGUGCGGGGCUGCUGCUGCCCUCACUUGUUGGCCCAGCUGUUGUUGGCCCACUGGUUGCAGGUGGAGCAGUUGUUGGUGAGAUUAUGCCCUCACUUGUUGGCCCAGCUGUUGUUGGCCCACUGGUUGCAGGUGGAGCAGUUGUUGGUGCGGGGCUGCUGCUGCCCUCACUUGUUGGCCCAGCUGUUGUUGGCCCACUGGUUGCAGGUGGAGCAGUUGUUGGUGCGGGGCUGCUGCUGCCCUCACUUGUUGGCCCAGCUGUUGUUGGCCCACUGGUUGCAGGUGGAGCAGUUGUUGGUGCGGGGCUGCUGCUGCCCUCACUUGUUGGCCCAGCUGUUGUUGGCCCACUGGUUGCAGGUGGAGCAGUUGUUGGUGCGGGGCUGCUGCUGCCCUCACUUGUUGGCCCAGCUGUUGUUGGCCCACUGGUUGCAGGUGGAGCAGUUGUUGGUGCGGGGCUGCUGCUGCCCUCACUUGUUGGCCCAGCUGUUGUUGGCCCACUGGUUGCAGGUGGAGCAGUUGUUGGUUGUUGCCCUCACUUGUUGGCCCAGCUGUUGUUGGCCCACUGGUUGCAGGUGGAGCAGUUGUUGGUGCGGGGCUGCUGCUGCCCUCACUUGUUGGCCCAGCUGUUGUUGGCCCACUGGUUGCAGGUGGAGCAGUUGUUGGUGCGGGGCUGCUGCUCCCUCACUUGUUGGCCCAGCUGUUGUUGGCCCACUGGUUGCAGGUGGAGCAGUUGUUGGGGCUGCUGCCCUCACUUGUUGGCCCAGCUGUUGUUGGCCCACUGGUUGCAGGUGGAGCAGUUGUUGGUGCGGGGCUGCUGCUGCCCUCACUGCCAGCUUGCUGCCUCCUUGUUGGCCCAGCUGUUGUUGGCCCACUGGUUGCAGGUGGAGCAGUUGUUGGUGCGGGGCUGCUGCUGCCCUCACUUGUUGGCCCAGCUGUUGUUGGCCCACUGGUUGCAGGUGGAGCAGUUGUUGGUGCGGGGCUGCUGCUGCCCUCACUUGUUGGCCCAGCUGUUGUUGGCCCACUGGUUGCAGGUGGAGCAGUUGUUGGUGCGGGGCUGCUGCUGCCCUCACUUGUUGGCCCAGCUGUUGUUGGCCCACUGGUUGCAGGUGGAGCAGUUGUUGGUGAGAUUAUGCCCUCACUUGUUGGCCCAGCUGUUGUUGGCCCACUGGUUGCAGGUGGAGAAGUUGUUGGUGCGGGGCUGCUGCUGCCCUCACUUGUUGGCCCAGCUGUUGUUGGCCCACUGGUUGCAGGUGGAGCAGUUGUUGGUGCGGGGCUGCUGCUGCCCUCACUUGUUGGCCCAGCUGUUGUUGGCCCACUGGUUGCAGGUGGAGCAGUUGUUGGUGCGGGGCUGCUGCUGCCCUCACUUGUUGGCCCAGCUGUUGUUGGCCCACUGGUUGCAGGUGGAGCAGUUGUUGGUGCGGGGCUGCUGCUGCUGCCCUCACUUGUUGGCCCAGCUGUUGUUGGCCCACUGGUUGCAGGUGGAGCAGUUGUUGGUGCGGGGCUGCUGCUUCCCCCACUUGUUGGCCCAGCUGUUGUUGGCCCACUGGUUGCAGGUGGAGCAGUUGUUGGGGAGAUUAUGCCCUCACUUGUUGGCCCAGCUGUUGUUGGCCCACUGGUUGCAGGUGGAGCAGUUGUUGGUGCGGGGCUGCUGCUGCCCUCACUUGUUGGCCCAGCUGUUGUUGGCCCACUGGUUGCAGGUGGAGCAGUUGUUGGUGCGGGGCUGCUGCUGCCCUCACUUGUUGGCCCAGCUGUUGUUGGCCCACUGGUUGCAGGUGGAGCAGUUGUUGGUGCGGGGCUGCUGCUGCCCUCACUUGUUGGCCCAGCUGUUGUUGGCCCACUGGUUGCAGGUGGAGCAGUUGUUGGUGCGGGGCUGCUGCUGCCCUCACUUGUUGGCCCAGCUGUUGUUGGCCCACUGGUUGCAGGUGGAGCAGUUGUUGGUGCGGGGCUGCUGCUUCCCCCACUUGUUGGCCCAGCUGUUGUUGGCCCACUGGUUGCAGGUGGAGCAGUUGUUGGGGAGAUUAUGCCCUCACUUGUUGGCCCAGCUGUUGUUGGCCCACUGGUUGCAGGUGGAGCAGUUGUUGGUGCGGGGCUGCUGCUGCCCUCACUUGUUGGCCCAGCUGUUGUUGGCCCACUGGUUGCAGGUGGAGCAGUUGUUGGUGCGGGGCUGCUGCUGCCCUCACUUGUUGGCCCAGCUGUUGUUGGCCCACUGGUUGCAGGUGGAGCAGUUGUUGGUGCGGGGCUGCUGCUGCCCUCACUUGUUGGCCCAGCUGUUGUUGGCCCACUGGUUGCAGGUGGAGCAGUUGUUGGUGAGAUUAUGCCCUCACUUGUUGGCCCAGCUGUUGUUGGCCCACUGGUUGCAGGUGGAGCAGUUGUUGGUGCGGGGCUGCUGCUGCCCUCACUUGUUGGCCCAGCUGUUGUUGGCCCACUGGUUGCAGGUGGAGCAGUUGUUGGUGCGGGGCUGCUGCUGCCCUCACUUGUUGGCCCAGCUGUUGUUGGCCCACUGGUUGCAGGUGGAGCAGUUGUUGGUGCGGGGCUGCUGCUGCCCUCACUUGUUGGCCCAGCUGUUGUUGGCCCACUGGUUGCAGGUGGAGCAGUUGUUUGUGCGGGGCUGCUGCUGCUGCCCUCACUUGUUGGCCCAGCUGUUGUUGGCCCACUGGUUGCAGGUGGAGCAGUUGUUGGUGCGGGGCUGCUGCUGCCCUCACUUGUUGGCCCAGCUGUUGUUGGCCCACUGGUUGCAGGUGGAGCAGUUGUUGGUGCGGGGCUGCUGCUGCUGCCCUCACUUGUUGGCCCAGCUGUUGUUGGCCCACUGGUUGCAGGUGGAGCAGUUGUUGGUGCAAGGCUGCUGCUUCCCCCACUUGUUGGCCCAGCUGUUGUUGGCCCACUGGUUGCAGGUGGAGCAGUUGUUGGGGAGCGUGGGCUGCUGCUGCCCUCACUUGUUGGCCCAGCUGUUGUUGGCCCACUGGUUGCAGGUGGAGCAGUUGUUGGUGCGGGGCUGCUGCUGCCCUCACUUGUUGGCCCAGCUGUUGUUGGCCCACUGGUUGCAGGUGGAGCAGUUGUUGGUGCGGGGCUGCUGCUGCCCUCACUUGUUGGCCCAGCUGUUGUUGGCCCACUGGUUGCAGGUGGAGCAGUUGUUGGUGCGGGGCUGCUGCUGCCCUCACUUGUUGGCCCAGCUGUUGUUGGCCCACUGGUUGCAGGUGGAGCAGUUGUUGGUGCGGGGCUGCUGCUGCCCUCACUUGUUGGCCCAGCUGUUGUUGGCCCACUGGUUGCAGGUGGAGCAGUUGUUGGUGAGAUUAUGCCCUCACUUGUUGGCCCAGCUGUUGUUGGCCCACUGGUUGCAGGUGGAGCAGUUGUUGGUGCGGGGCUGCUGCUGCCCUCACUUGUUGGCCCAGCUGUUGUUGGCCCACUGGUUGCAGGUGGAGCAGUUGUUGGUGCGGGGCUGCUGCUGCCCUCACUUGUUGGCCCAGCUGUUGUUGGCCCACUGGUUGCAGGUGGAGCAGUUGUUGGUGCGGGGCUGCUGCUGCCCUCACUUGUUGGCCCAGCUGUUGUUGGCCCACUGGUUGCAGGUGGAGCAGUUGUUGGUGCGGGGCUGCUGCUGCCCUCACUUGUUGGCCCAGCUGUUGUUGGCCCACUGGUUGCAGGUGGAGCAGUUGUUGGUGCGGGGCUGCUGCUGCCCUCACUUGUUGGCCCAGCUGUUGUUGGCCCACUGGUUGCAGGUGGAGCAGUUGUUGGUGCGGGGCUGCUGCUGCCCUCACUUGUUGGCCCAGCUGUUGUUGGCCCACUGGUUGCAGGUGGAGCAGUUGUUGGUGCGGGGCUGCUGCUGCCCUCACUUGUUGGCCCAGCUGUUGUUGGCCCACUGGUUGCAGGUGGAGCAGUUGUUGGUGCGGGGCUGCUGCUGCCCUCACUUGUUGGCCCAGCUGUUGUUGGCCCACUGGUUGCAGGUGGAGCAGUUGUUGGUGCGGGGCUGCUGCUGCCCUCACUUGUUGGCCCAGCUGUUGUUGGCCCACUGGUUGCAGGUGGAGCAGUUGUUGGUGCGGGGCUGCUGCUGCCCUCACUUGUUGGCCCAGCUGUUGUUGGCCCACUGGUUGCAGGUGGAGCAGUUGUUGGUGCGGGGCUGCUGCUGCCCUCACUUGUUGGCCCAGCUGUUGUUGGCCCACUGGUUGCAGGUGGAGCAGUUGUUGGUGCGGGGCUGCUGCUGCCCUCACUUGUUGGCCCAGCUGUUGUUGGCCCACUGGUUGCAGGUGGAGCAGUUGUUGGUGCGGGGCUGCUGCUGCCCUCACUUGUUGGCCCAGCUGUUGUUGGCCCACUGGUUGCAGGUGGAGCAGUUGUUGGUGCGGAGCUGCUGCUGCCCUCACUUGUUGGCCCAGCUGUUGUUGGCCCACUGGUUGCAGGUGGAGCAGUUGUUGGUGCGGGGCUGCUGCUGCCCUCACUUGUUGGCCCAGCUGUUGUUGGCCCACUGGUUGCAGGUGGAGCAGUUGUUGGUGCGGGGCUGCUGCUGCCCUCACUUGUUGGCCCAGCUGUUGUUGGCCCACUGGUUGCAGGUGGAGCAGUUGUUGGUGCGGGGCUGCUGCUGCCCUCACUUGUUGGCCCAGCUGUUGUUGGCCCACUGGUUGCAGGUGGAGCAGUUGUUGGUGCGGGGCUGCUGCUGCCCUCACUUGUUGGCCCAGCUGUUGUUGGCCCACUGGUUGCAGGUGGAGCAGUUGUUGGUGCGGGGCUGCUGCUGCCCUCACUUGUUGGCCCAGCUGUUGUUGGCCCACUGGUUGCAGGUGGAGCAGUUGUUGGUGCGGGGCUGCUGCUGCCCUCACUUGUUGGCCCAGCUGUUGUUGGCCCACUGGUUGCAGGUGGAGCAGUUGUUGGUGCGGGGCUGCUGCUGCCCUCACUUGUUGGCCCAGCUGUUGUUGGCCCACUGGUUGCAGGUGGAGCAGUUGUUGGUGCGGGGCUGCUGCUGCCCUCACUUGUUGGCCCAGCUGUUGUUGGCCCACUGGUUGCAGGUGGAGCAGUUGUUGGUGCGGGGCUGCUGCUGCCCUCACUUGUUGGCCCAGCUGUUGUUGGCCCACUGGUUGCAGGUGGAGCAGUUGUUGGUGCGGGGCUGCUGCUGCCCUCACUUGUUGGCCCAGCUGUUGUUGGCCCACUGGUUGCAGGUGGAGCAGUUGUUGGUGCGGGGCUGCUGCUGCCCUCACUUGUUGGCCCAGCUGUUGUUGGCCCACUGGUUGCAGGUGGAGCAGUUGUUGGUGCGGGGCUGCUGCUGCCCUCACUUGUUGGCCCAGCUGUUGUUGGCCCACUGGUUGCAGGUGGAGCAGUUGUUGGUGCGGGGCUGCUGCUGCCCUCACUUGUUGGCCCAGCUGUUGUUGGCCCACUGGUUGCAGGUGGAGCAGUUGUUGGUGCGGGGCUGCUGCUGCCCUCACUUGUUGGCCCAGCUGUUGUUGGCCCACUGGUUGCAGGUGGAGCAGUUGUUGGUGCGGGGCUGCUGCUGCCCUCACUUGUUGGCCCAGCUGUUGUUGGCCCACUGGUUGCAGGUGGAGCAGUUGUUGGUGCGGGGCUGCUGCUGCCCUCACUUGUUGGCCCAGCUGUUGUUGGCCCACUGGUUGCAGGUGGAGCAGUUGUUGGUGCGGGGCUGCUGCUGCCCUCACUUGUUGGCCCAGCUGUUGUUGGCCCACUGGUUGCAGGUGGAGCAGUUGUUGGUGCGGGGCUGCUGCUGCCCUCACUUGUUGGCCCAGCUGUUGUUGGCCCACUGGUUGCAGGUGGAGCAGUUGUUGGUGCGGGGCUGCUGCUGCCCUCACUUGUUGGCCCAGCUGUUGUUGGCCCACUGGUUGCAGGUGGAGCAGUUGUUGGUGCGGGGCUGCUGCUGCCCUCACUUGUUGGCCCAGCUGUUGUUGGCCCACUGGUUGCAGGUGGAGCAGUUGUUGGUGCGGGGCUGCUGCUGCCCUCACUUGUUGGCCCAGCUGUUGUUGGCCCACUGCUGCCCCUACCUGGUGUAGUUGAAGUAUUACUUGUUGCUGUUUUAACAGUCCUUUGGUUUUGUUUUCCUUUAGUUUUUAGACCUGUAUCACAAAUUAUUGGCCCCAGAAAGCAGAUGAGAAAAAAUAAAGGAGACACAAGGUCAGCUCAAGAAAUAGUACAACAUUGUCAUUAUAGUUAUAUAUCUUACAUUUUGUUAUGCUUUUAUUUCAUUUAAUUCAUUUGUUUUCUAGUUUAUUCCUCCAAAUCUAUACAAAAACAACAAUCUUGUUCAUAUGUUGCAUUUACCAUAUUACAUGUUGUAAAGGCCAAAAUUUAUCAGACGUACCAUUUCUGUAUGAGUGUAACAUACCUAGCCUAUAUAGCUGAUUCUGAACUGUUGUCAGCUUUCUUUUAAUGCUCUUUUUGAGGUGGGACUCAAAGAGUUUACAAGAGAUCUACCUUUUACUUUUCUGUUUGUGUUUAUUUUCUCGCUUAAUUGUUUUUUGUUGAAUGUUGUGCACUCUCUGUGUCAUGAUUGUAGGUUUAUUUCCUUUUUGUGUCAUGUCUGUCAAGAUUCCCUUAUUUUUUUGCAAAUUCACUGUCAUGUCCUGUCUUUCCUGUUUUAUUUUGACAUCACUAACCUCAUCCAUGUUUUCAGUUUGUUCAUGUUAGAUCUUCCCUGCCCACAUGUUGUCACACGUGCCUCCUGAUUGUUUCAUGUACCUCAUACCUCUUGUCUCUCAUGUCUUUUUUGCCAGUUUGUCAUACUUCACAGUCCUAGUUCCAGCACUCUUGUUCAUAGCCACAGUCAUAGUCAAGUAUUCUUUGGAACUUGCCUGCCUUUUUGACCUUACCUUUUUGCCUCAUGUUUUUGGGUACCUCUACCUCAUCUGACUUGCCUACCUGUGUUCUGUCUUCUACUUGUUUAAAGGGGAGUAUCCACUUUAAAGGAAAGUAUGGACAUCUAGUGUCUUAAAACACUGACCAGCGACACUAACAUCCUACAACCUCACUUCAAAUACUGAAAUAUCCCUUAUAAAGUAGAUCUCAUUGGCAGGGAAAGCAAUGGUGAAUAAGUACUGUACUUUCAUUCUUGUAUAUGUGCACAUACUUGAUGCCACUCAGUGCGCUGGUUUUGGCCACCCUAUCAAAGCGAUCUAGGCACACCCCUGACUGCAGAAGUGAAAGUGUUAACAUGGUUGGUGCAGGGGCUUCAGCCGCCAACAGGAAGAGAGUCUUUGAGGCGGCGACUACAACCAAAAGUCAUGACCUCUUUGUCUUUGAGAAUUUAUGCAACUGAAUUGGAGUUUUCUUUGUUAAAAUCAGAAUAACUGAUGCAUUUGAUCGAUUUUAAACCGGAGCACUCUUAUUGAAGACUUGGAGCCCUUCUUACUAAUAUAUAAGAGUCUAGAAACAACAUUUUUCAAAUUUAUCUCCAAAAUCCUGCUUAAACCAGAAGAUUUAAAAUUGGUUUCUUUAUUCUGUAAAGUGACACAAGCCUCAUAUGGAAGCGAUUCAGAUAAAUGAAUUAGACGUAAAAAAAUUUCCACAUUGUAUUUGAGAUUUUUUUCAGUCACAAAAUUUUUUUUAGGGAUUUAUUGUGGAUCAACUGCAAUGGUGUGUCGACAGCUUACUGUAGCCAGAAUGAACUUUGGAAAACCUGUAAAUGUUCGUUUUGUCAUUAAACACACAGAGAGAUGCAGGGAGUGGAUUCUUUUGCUGAUGCUGAUGUGGCAUGAUAUGAACAAAAAAGGAAAUAAUUUUAGCAAAAAAAAUCCUUUUUCCUCACCAACGGCACCCUGAUCAAGAAUUAUGAGACAUUUAAUCAUUUAAUUCAUUUUACAGUCUUUCAAAUUUGCUCACAAAUUUGUAUGAAAUUUUUCAUUUCCCUUUUUCCCUGACUUGACAAGUUCUUCUCAAUUAAAGAAAACUGGCAGCCAUAACGCUACAGCUUUAGUGCAAAAUGACUAAAAUAUAAAAUGAAAGAUUUUUACAACAAGAGGUGAAAGUAGGAAGGAAAGUUUAUUGACGUUAACAUCUUACCGUGAGCCGCUCUGUCCACAGAAGCAGCACAGAGGAGUAUAAAAAAUACAAACACAAAAGUUGAAGAAGGUGCCAUGACUGGGUUUGAUCCCUCAGCCAAGUGUCCAAGACUCAGGAGUCCAAAUUUAAAAACACUAAAAAAACACAGAAAUUAAACACAUGAUUUCAGUAACUCAUCUAUGGGGUGAGCUCUGCUUACUGCCUCAGCUACAGGGAUGCAGCUCAGUGUUGAAUAUGGUCACCUUGACAUGAGUUUAUGACAUGCACACACCUUCUGCACGUGAGUCAACCAACUGUUUUUUAUAUUCCCCCAGACAACACCUGCAGGAAGGACUGCAGGAACUCUCAGGAUGUGCCACCUUAA